AUGGUGCUCAAAGAGGGGGACGAGGAGGAUAAUGAGGAGCCUGCGUCGCCUUCGAAGGAGGACCUGGAGGCGAGGAUGGAGAGGGCCAUGAGGGAGGCGCAGGAGGAGUUCGGCGAGGAUGAUGAGGGCGAGGGCGAGGACUUUGACAUGAGCGGCCAGCAGAAUGAUGAAGACGAGGGUAGCGAACGGGACGAUGAAAACGACGCCGAGUCAGAAGAUGAAGACGACGAGCCAAUACAGUCCGAGCCCAUGAAAAAGAAGGAUUACCUUCCUGAGCAUCUGUUCGCAUCCGCGUUCUCGCAGCUUUCUUCAGAAGACGAGCCGAAAGCGAAAGCAAGGUCUAAGAAACGAGCUGCUUCGCCACCGACGAAGCGGAAGCGCGUAAAGACCUCGACGAAGGAGAUCGUUGUCGGGUCGCGCGUCGUCCGCACCUUGCCAUCACUUGCGAACCACCCGUCAACGACGACGCCAAAAGGCUUCGCACCUCCGCGUGCCCUGAAGAAGUUCGUGGACCGCAGUCUCAACGUGCGCGGCAGGGCAAAAGACGCGAAGUUGCGUGGCUGGGAGCGGAGACCAGCGAACAUAGGCGUCAUGAAGCGCAAUGGGCCUGCCGCACAUUUCGUCCGGGACGACUAGUCUAUUCAUAUCCCCUCCACUUCCUACUUGUCAGACACACCCGCUCCGUAAUGUGCUUUUGAUGUGAACGCCACGUCUUUGAACAU